AUGCAUCUAUUUCUUAUUAUUACUGCAAUUAUUAUUGCUACCGUCAACGGUCAAGAGCACUUUCCACCUGUUGCCUAUAAUGUCGCUUGUGUCACACAAGGAUUUCAUUCUGGUCACCAAGCUAUUGAUAUUGGAUCAUAUGGUGGUAAACGAGUUGACUUAUUCGCAAUCUGGGAUGGUACAGUAACUGCUACCUGUAAUGGAGCCGGAGAUUUUGAUCGAAAUCGAUGCGGAGAUUGUGGUAACUAUGUGAAAAUUCGGCAUAAUACAGUGGAUGUUCUCUAUUGCCAUCUGGCAUCUGGUUCAUUGACUGUAUCGCCUGGUCAAAGAGUAGCUCGAGCACAAAAAGUGGGCGUUAUGGGCACGUCAGGUCUAUCGACAGGUGUUCAUCUUCAUGUACAAGUGACAGAAAUCAAUGGUGGCCAAGCACGAGAUAUCAGAACUCGUCUCGGAUUGAAUGGCUGGCCAACUUGUUAG